AUGACGGCUAGGGUUUUGAGAGGCGAUUUUGAGGUUUUGGGUGAGACAGGAAAGGAUGCUACUAUGGAGGAUAUUGGAGAGAAGGAAAGGCCACCGGGCGACCCUCCGGAUGCUCCUGGCUCUUGGCUGAAGAAAGUUGUAGGAGGCAACGCGGGAGGAAGGCAUGUCCCGGAGAAAGCUGUGGGGGAAGAGUUUGUGGAGGCGAGAUUGAGAUUGGAGUUUCCGAAUGGUGAGGAUGGAGAACCGGUGAUAAUGAUAGGAGAGGAAGUAUUAACGGCUAUGAAUAGUCUGUGGAAGAGAUGUAUGAUCGUUAGGGUUUUGGGAAGGAACGUUCCGAUCACGAACCUUAAUAGGAAACUAAGAGAACUAUGGAAGCCUAGAGGGUCGAUGUUUGUCAUGGAUCUUCCUAGAAACUUCUUUAUAGUACGCUUUGAGUUGGAAGAGGAGUAUAUGGCUGCAUUAUCAGGGGGUCCAUGGAGAGCUUUUGGCAGCUACCUUAUGGUGCAAGCAUGGACUCCUGAAUUUGACCCACUGAAAGACGAGAUAGUUACGACUCCAGUUUGGGUUCGUUUAUCACAUAUCCCAGUAAACUUCUAUCACAAGACGAUACUGAUGGGUAUAGCAAAGGGACUAGGGCGCCCGAUCAAGGUAGACGGAACAACGUUGAAUUUCGAAAGAGCGAGGUUUGCGACACUACAAGAAAAAUGCUCAUUGUUAGCGCGGGUUAUAUGCUAUGUUAGAGUUUUGAUAGCGAAUUCACAACUGCUGUGUAUACGGCAGCCAUCAUAG